AUGGUGGAUUCUCCCAAAUGCCCAAAAGAGAACAGUAUUUCCAGUGUACUUGACUCUCCCACUGUUGAGCAGCUGGAGGAAAUCCUACAUGGAGGUCAGUUAUCAUGCAACCAUGUUGAUGAAGUGUGGCCCAGUCUGUUUCUGGGAGACAUGUACAUGUCUCAUGACAGAUAUGGACUUUGGAGACUUGGUGUUACUCAUGUUCUGAAUGCUGCUCAUGGGAAAAUGUGUUGCAAAGGUAGUGAUGAUUUCUAUGGUACCACAGUGCAAUACUACGGAGUAGCAGCUAAUGACCUGCCGACAUUUGAUAUUUCACCUUUCUUCUACCCUUCUGCACAGUAUAUUCAUCAGGCUCUUAGCACUCCCGGUGCCAAAGUCUUUGUGCACUGUGCUGUUGGUGUAAGCCGUUCUGCUGCCCUGGUCUUGGCUUAUUUAAUGAUCUAUCACAACUACACAUUAGUGGAGGCUAUCCUGAAGGUUAAAGAGAAGAGGUGGAUUUUUCCAAAUCGAGGAUUUCUGAAGCAUCUUAUAAAUCUGGAUUCUGAACUAAAGAGCAAAUCUCAAAGUGACUGUCCUGUGCAUGAAGAAAACUAGCACCAGAUGCAUUAAUAUGUGUAAA